UUUUCAUUGAUCACAGAAUCAUAACACAACAUGAGAAGUUUAUCAUUACCAGUGUUGUCACUGUUAUUAUUAGUGGUCGGUUUUAAUGGGUUGUUCUGGGCAAGUGAAGGGAGGGUGCCCUUUGCAUGUGACCCUAAGAAUGGCAUGACCAAGGGGUUUAAGUUCUGUAGGGUGAACGUGGCCGUUCAUGCGAGGGUUCAGGAUUUGAUCGGACGGCUCACAUUGCAGGAGAAGAUAAGGCUGCUGGUGAACAAUGCUAUUGCAAUUCCCCGGCUGGGGAUUCAGGGCUACGACUGGUGGUCGGAGGCGCUUCACGGCGUCUCCAAUGUGGGCCCAGGCACCAAGUUCGGUGGGGCCUUCCCUGCCGCCACUAGCUUCCCUCAAGUCAUCUCCACCGCUGCUUCCUUCAACAACUCUCUCUGGAACCAAAUCGGACGGGUGGUGUCUGAUGAGGCAAGAGCGAUGUACAAUGGAGGAAUGGCAGGGUUGACAUAUUGGAGUCCAAAUGUGAAUAUAUUUCGUGACCCUCGGUGGGGCCGAGGGCAGGAGACUCCCGGCGAAGACCCUGUCCUCGCCGGAAAGUAUGCGGCCAGUUACGUCCGGGGACUCCAAGGUGACGGUGCCGGCAACCGCCUCAAGGUGGCUGCCUGUUGUAAGCACUACACUGCCUAUGAUCUUGAUAACUGGAACCGCAUAGACAGAUUUCACUUUAACGCCAGGGUGAGCAAGCAAGACUUGGAAGACACGUAUAAUGUCCCAUUCGAAGCGUGUGUGGUGGAUGGCAAAGUGGCAAGCGUCAUGUGCUCCUACAAUCAAGUGAACGGCAAACCCACCUGUGCAGAUCCAGACCUGCUUCGCAGCACCAUUCGUGGCCAUUGGCGUCUUAAUGGGUACAUCGUCUCCGAUUGCGAUUCAGUGCAGGUUCUGCAUGAGAGCCAACACUACACCAAAACCCCGGAGGAAGCCGUGGCCAAUUCUAUUAGAGCGGGCCUUGAUUUAGACUGUGGGCCCUACUUGGCGGUCUACACGGAAGGGGCCAUAAGGAACAGGCUUCUUACAGAGAAUGAUGUCGACCUUGCAUUGGCUAAUCUCAUCACAGUCCAGAUGAGAUUGGGAAUGUAUGAUGGCGAUCCAUCAGCCCAACCCUACGGGAAGUUGGGCCCUAAGGAUGUUUGCUCCCCGGCCCAUCAGGAGUUGGCCCUUGAGGCUGCCCGACAGAGUAUGGUUCUCCUGCAAAAUAAUGCAAAUUCACUGCCAUUAUCCCCCACUCGUCAUCGCACUGUAGCUGUCAUUGGACCUAAUUCCGAUGCCACUGUUACCAUGAUAGGAAACUAUGCCGGUGUGGCGUGUGGUUAUACGACGCCGUUGCAGGGGAUUGGGAGAUAUGUUAGGACCAUUCAUGAAGCAGGAUGUGCAGGCAUUGGUUGUGGCGGGAACCAGCAGUUUCGAGCUGCAGAAGGUGCGGCUAGGCAAGCCGAUGCGACUGUCUUGGUGAUGGGCCUUGAUCAGUCCAUAGAAGCUGAAGCCCGGGAUAGAGUUGGGCUCCUCUUGCCUGGACUUCAACAAGAGCUCAUCUCUAGAGUGGCCAGGGCCUCCAAAGGCCCAGUAGUGUUGGUCCUUAUGUGUGGCGGGCCUGUUGAUGUCUCCUUUGCCCAAAAUGACCCUAAGAUUAGUGCCAUUCUGUGGGUAGGCUAUCCUGGUCAAGCCGGAGGAACCGCCAUAGCUGAUGUUCUCUUCGGCACUACUAAUCCAGGUGGAAGGCUACCAAUGACGUGGUAUCCACAAGAUUAUGUUGCUAAAGUUCCCAUGACGACCAUGGACAUGAAGCCAAACCGAGCAACAGGGUACCCGGGAAGAACCUACAGAUUCUACAAAGGCCCGGUAGUGUUUCCAUUUGGGCAUGGGCUUAGCUACACAAGAUUCACCCACACCUUGGCCCAAGCCCCCAAAGAGGUCUCAUUGGCUAGCCUUCAAGCCCUAACGAACUCAACCAUAUCAAACCAAGCAAUGAGACUAAGCCAUGUGGACUGUAACAAAGUAGUGAAAUUGGGCUUCCAUAUUGACGUAAAAAAUGAAGGCCCAAUGGAUGGGGCACAUACCUUGCUAGUAUUUUCAAAGCCACCUUCAGGAAGAUGGUCUGAAACGAAGCGUUUGGUGAGUUUCCGUAAAGUUCAUGUGCCUUCUGGGUCAAGCCAAAGAGUGAAGGUUGGUGUUCAUUUGUGCGACCACCUUAGCGUUGUGGACAAGUUUGGGAUUCGAAGAAUCCCAUUCGGUGAACACGAACUUCACAUUGGUGAUGUGAAGCACUCUCUUUCAGUGCAGGCCUUGCAAGUGCAAGAGAUCAAGUCUUGAGAAAAAGACUAAUUAACCAUAUGCUUGAGAUUUUAGCAUAGCAGCAAUUAUUAAUAUUAUUGUUGGGCAAAGUCCAAUUUGAUAAUUUGAAAAUAGGGGAAAUAAAAAAAAGAAAAAAAGAAUGAGGUUAUUGUGUGAUUCGAGUUACGAAAAUAAAGGAAUAUGUGAGAUGAAUAGAGCAGAGAAAGGUGGGAUAUAUUUGUGAGCCAGAAAUGGUGUCAGCAAGUGUACUUACUAUAUUGGCACUUUUAUUUGUUUACAUGACAGGUGUUGAAUUGGCGAACUUGUUGAUAAUACUC